AUGUCGAACCUUGUAAAGCUUGAGUUUGCGGCAUUAGAUAUCACUGGAAAAAAUUAUUUAUCAUGGGUAUUGGAUGCCGAAAUCCAUUUGGAUGUUAACAAUCUUGGGGAUACAAUUAAAGAAGAAAAUACGACUAGUGCCCAAGAUAAAGCAAAGGCGAUGAUAUUUUUACGCCAUCAUAUCCAUGAGUUAUUGAAAAAUGAAUACCUCACUGUGAAAGACCCACUUGUCCUAUGGACCAAUUUGAAGUCGAGGAUAUGUUGGAAAAAAUAUUUUCCACCUUUCAAUGCCUCAAACAUUGUCUUGCAACAACAAUAUCGUGAAAAGGGCUUUACCAAAUAUAAUGAAUUAAUAUCAUGUUUACUUGUGGCCGAGCAAAAUAAUGAACUCUUAAUGAAAAACCACGAGGCCCGUCCGGUUGGUGCAGCCCCAUUCCCUGAAGCGAAUGUGGCAACAUAUAAUGGCCAAGGACGUGGUCGUAGCCAUUAUCGUGGUCGUGGUCGUGGACGUGGGCGUGGAUAUGGAGGAAAUUAUCAAGGUAUUCAAUUCAAAAACAAGGGAACCCACCAAAAGUUGUGA